AUGCUAGUUAUUAUUUUCGUAUGCUUGCUGCGAUCAACUAACGGUCAGUAUUCAAGCAUAACGGAAUCAUCUGUCGAUGUAGCAUCAGAAACAAGUUACAGAGAAGGCGAAUCAGACGAUAGCUAUUUAAGACCAACAGUUCCUGUAACUCCACCACGUAUUCCAACAAACGAUGGACCAUCACUUGGAUACCGGCCACCGCCACCACCGAUAAGACGAGAUGCCAAAAGUUCUGGGAAAUGUUCCUUUGAUCAUAACUCUUGGCGAUUCGAGCCUCAAACUGCAGUUGCAAAUGCAAUAAUGUUUGAGCGAAAAACUGGUUCCACAUGCGAGAACUGUAUUAAAAAUUGUCUCUAUUUUCAGAAUCCCGAUUCGGAAUGGGUGUGUCGUUCGUUAACUUUCGAUCAUCACUGGAAAAUUUGCGAUUUGUUUGCUGUAAAUGGCACAAGUCCUCCUCAUUUUCUUACUGAAUAUUUGGAUAGAGAUUAUCUCGAGUAUCUGCAUACUAGUCCAUCUUCUACUGUUUAUUCAAGUCAGUACUUGGCUAUUCCGGAUGCAGGCAAUCAAGGGUCAAAUUACCUAGAAGUUCCACAAGGUACGGGAAUAACCAAAACAAGAACAAAACAUCGAUUGCAUUCGUUUUCGAACUAUCAAGCAUCACCUGUACCCCGAAAAUCAGAUAACAAAAGUAGUGAAAAGCCCUGCAGAGAUGAAGAUGUGUCACGUUACAUAACGAUAUCAAAUUACGAACGGCUAAAUUCAACGACUGAUACGCAACUUGUUAAAGGAGAAAGUUUGAAAGAAUGUGCGAGAGCAUGUGACGAAGAUGAGACUUUCAUUUGCUCAUCUGUGAUCCACAGGGGUAAGAAAUGCGAAUUGUCAGUUUCAAAGGCCGCUCACAAAAGCAGUGACGAUUUUGUUUUCAAAGAAAAUAGUACAUAUCUGGAAAAGUUUUGUUUGCCAGCGAAUCCGGCGGACGCGACAGAAAAGUUGUGGCCAACGGUCUUGGAUCAUAUCCUUGUUGGUCAUGUUAUGGAAGUGAUCGACGCACCUUCGCUCACAGAAUGUAUGACCGCCUGUUUGCAAGCUGAACAGGAAUUCUCAUUCGUGUGCCGUUCAGCAAUGUGGUACCCAAAUGAUGAAGACCAGAACUGCUUGUUAAACACGGAGAGUCGCGAAACACAUCCGAACGUAUUUGUUGCUGAAAACCAAGGAGUUCGAAUGUUUUAUUUCGAAGUUCCACGAACCCGCAACAAGAAGGAAAUAUCCGACGUUUUCCGGGACGACCCAGUUGAAGAUGAUUAUACACGAUGGUCAUCAUGCAACAACUCCAACCUACAACAUCGCUACUUGAAGUGCAGAGAGCAAACGGACAUACGGAAAUGUCCACAGCAAACAAGAUUCUGCAAGCAAGCAACCACAAACUCCCUAUCAAAUUUAGGUUCAAAAAUGCUACGGAACGGAAAAUGCCUAGCAGCACGGGACUCCUACGGACACAAAAAAUGCCCACACGGAAUCCGUAAAAUGCCUGGUGGACACACUGUAUACUGCAAGAAUCCUAUCAACUGUAAAUUGUGA